AUGGACACGAGGCCCGAACAGCUCUCCGUGCGCGUCUCGGGGGACGAACUGGGCGUCUCUCCUGGUGGCGAAUCGUGUGUGCAGCACGUCGCAGCGGUCUGUGGUCUCGCCGCCGUGUCGCACACUGAAGGAGCAAAGACCUGUAGCAUCUAUGGGUUUGCAGACACGAAGCAGCAGCUGGCAGUCGCCUGUCUGCUGUAUUGGAAGCUCCAAGUGGCCGAGGAGAGCAGUGCAUUAGUCUCGGUACGUGACCCGGUGACAGGCACAUACUGUCCGCUCUUCGAGCUGCUGAACUGUGGUGGGACGGCACUCGAAGCUGGUGCUGUGAGAGUGAUAGAUGCUGCUGCAUUUGUCAAGGAGGUUCUGCAGCAAGAGACCGAUGAGAAGGUGCAAAUUUUGGAUUGCAGGGAGCAGAGAGCGUUCCUUGGCCUCGAUAGCGGCAAAGAGGUGUCUGGACACCUCAAGGGUGCAAAGAAUGUGCCGUUUGCAUGCAUUUUUACCGCACAGAGCGAUCGUGCGGAGGAGAAAGAGAACGCUACAGGUUGCACGGGCGAAAAGUCUGAGGAGAGAUUGCUUCUACUGCCUGCAGACGAGCUGCGAAAUGUGUUCAUGACAAAUGGCAUCGAUGUGGAAAACCCCGUUGCAGUUGUAGCAAGCGUGCCGGCCGAAGCUGCUGCCGUUGCGACUGCAUUGUUGGUUGCAGGACAACGCGCUUGGAUCGCGUUUUGCGAUGACGCCUUGACUGACGAUCUGGUGGCAUCUUUUCCUGCUUCAUACACGUCAGAUAUUUUCCACGAAGGCCGAUUGCUGUACAAAGACGCAAAGGGUGAAUUUGAUCUCUCGUCACAGCAAAAUGAUGCAUGCACGACGAAGGAUAUUGACACAACAGCGGUAGCGGAACUCGAAAAAGCCUACACAGAAAAACUGAGCGAAAAGGCGGGAAAAGAGCGCAAAGGUGCUGCUGGAGAAGAAGAGGAAGAGAAGGUGGCGGACGUCGUGUGGAUUCAGGAUGGACACCGAUUUUUCGACAUGCCACAUCCUGUCAGCAGAAACGAGUUCUUGGAUGCGUCACGAACGAUCUUUCGUGUGGCAUCCUUUGUGCUGGCGCCAUUCGGUUUUCCUGCGUCGCUACGCAGAAAGCGCUCAUUGCAAGAGGUUAAGACACAGUGCGGGUCCCUUUUCCAAGAUGUGGUCGAGGUAUGUUCUGAUCUCGUCUACCAGCAGAAAGAAAUCAAUGAAGGCUCGAUGGCAAUGAGCGUGCACAAGUGGGUGGAAAAGAAGCAUGAUAGCGAAUGCUCGGAGCAGCUGAAGGCUAUCAAUGAACUGUGGGACGUCUUAUACACUCCGCCGACCGUGGUAGAAAUACCCGACGUUAGCGAGGAACAUGUCCUCAAUCUUGCAACCAGAUUAGACCAGAAGAUGCGCGAUGUAGUUGGUCAGCGUACACCUUGGGUCUGCGACAGUGUGGACGAAGGUGAGGAAGGUGAGUCCAGUGACGAAGAAGAUCUCAAACCCCGAGGUAACGUUCGGGGAGUGAACAGUCUUGAUGAGGAGGAGCUGAAUGAAGAAGAGAUGGACGAGUUGUGCAAAGACAGCGAAGCCUACUCUGAAGACGACACAGCUAGCGAAGAUACAGACAAGCAGGAAAGGGUAGCUGAGGAAGGUGCAGAUGGUGCUAACAAGACGGAGACCAUCACCGAAGAAGAAGGAGCUGUGCCUGGACGCGAGCUUGCAAGCAAAGAAGGCGAACAUAGUGCGGACGACGAUACGGUUAUCGCGCAGCAUGUCACUGACGACCACAUCUUGGUCGAGAUAGAAGAUCUGCCAGCUGGCGAAGACGAUGUCGGCGUGAACGGGGUGGAGAUCCCUGACUCAGGAGCUGAUGAUAGUGAGACGGCCAAAAGUCUGUCUGGCGGGGAACAGUCCGGACCUAUAGAACACAGACUUGCAGAGAGCUGGAAGCACAUGUAUCCAAGUGUUGUGUACUCGCUUGGUUUCAUCCCGCGAAACGUAGACACGUCUCACAAGAAGCUGAGUACGUUGCAGAUCAAGUCGCUCAUCCAGGCUAUCGCCGAAGCCUCGUGGGAUGUUAUCAAGAAUGAAAUCGAGGGACUUAGUCAGAUCGAGUUUCAAGCUUUAUGCGAGACGCUCAACAGCGACAAGCGGGAGCAGCUGACCGAUCGUGUAGCGAAAGCGGAAAAGUCCCUGUAUGUGCUCAAGCACUUCCUCACUCGUCCACUGAAGUCAGAUGAUUCUCUGGCUGACAAGCUAGCAGGCGUUCGUGAAGCAGUGCUGGGUGGCGACAUCCGCAGAAGGUCAGGAAACUACCAAGCUGCUCUCGAGGCAUACUCCAAGGCCUUCACUUACCUGCCGUUGUACCACAAAGAGCUUGAGAACGCUGUGGUCGGACGGGCCAGGUCCUUCCUCGAUAUGAAAGCGUGGGCUUGUGCAAAGACGCAGGCGCAGAUCGCCUUGAGGUUGAACCCAUACAGUGUCAGCGCCUACGAAUGUCUGGGCAUUGCUGAGGAAGAGACCGGGCACAUUGAAGCAGCAAUGCAGCACUAUGUGACGUCCUUUAUUCUCGAUGGCUCACGCUCGCCCGAGCUCGCCGAGUCGAUUGACCGCGUGUCGCGUCUCGUCGGUCGACGCGUGGCAAAGGAUCUGUUUGCCGGUAUGGAAAAAGUGCACAACCUGCCAUCUCCGUGGCUGGUGAACAGCUACUUUGAGUCCUUCGAACACGACGUUGAUCACGCUGCGCGUAUACCGUUCGAUAUUGGGAAGAAGGAAGACGUGGAGCAAGCAGAUCUAGACGGACGCACGCUAUUGCACCGUGCGAUUCACCUGAAGCGGUGUCAGCAGUUCACACUCGUCCAGCGCGACAUUUGUGCGUUGGUUUCUCGAGACAUGGAGGCCGAAGGAUUGUCGGUGGAAGAGCGAGCGACGGCAUUGAACUUGCACGCGUCUCUGUUGUACGUUGCGGGCGACGUGCACACUGCCCUGGAGGCUAUUGACCAAAGCCUGGAGCUGCAGCCGACUUUGGUCAACUCUCUGGUGAAAAAGGGCGGGUUCUUAGCAGAACUUGGCGAGGUAGGUGAGGCGACGUUGUGCUUUACCAAGGCCAUGGAUCUAGACGCGAAUGAAGCAGACGUGCAUCUGCACUAUGGACAAAUGAAGCUCCUCGACGGCAAUUACAAAGAAGCGGUACAGUAUCUUCGUCGCUGUAUCUCACGGUCGGACGCCCUGCCGGUCACGUACGUGUCCUACGGCAUGGCUCUCUACAAGAGCGGAUCGACGUACCAAGCCAAGGACCUGUUCAAAGAAGCCUCCGACAAGUUCCCGGCCUCGGCCGAAGUGCAUCUCUUUUACGGUGAAGUGCUGGCGGAUCAAGGGAACUAUGCCGACGCCAUGCGCCACUUUUUGACUGCUUGGGAGCUGUCCCCGCAGUGUCCACUGCCGUUCCUGAACGCUGGUCGCGUCUACGUGAGCACGAACGACCCCCUGCGCGCGAUCGCACACUUCCAGCAAGCGCUCCGAGUCGAUCCCCGCUGCAGUUCAGCGCAUCUGGACAUUGCCCAAGUACUCUUUGCCCAGGGUCGCACGCGCGAAGCGUUCGAGCACUUUGACACAGCUGCUGCCUGUUGCCGCUUUUUGCCGGAAGUGGAAGAAGUGUGUGCGUGCCAGGAGAUGGCCAAGAUGCAGCUCAAGGUCACGGACAUUCUUGGCGUGGAGCUGCGCCACAUUAUGCGCGCCAAGUAG